AUGAUGGCGUCUCGCCUUCCUUAUCGGUUACAAUCCUCAGCGGUGCUCCUUGUUGCGACGAUUACGCUACUGGUACCGCUAACCCUCCCUUUCAUUCCGUCAGCUAUAUUCCCGCGAACUCCCCUCUCGUACCCGCACAGCACCCCGCGUUCCGCGCCGCAGCACCCGUCGUUUUUCGCGCGAGCCGAUACCGGCCCAAACGCGACCCUGAAAGCCGGAGCGCGAUGCUUGGGAUACACGCUCUGGGACCGCGACCAAGGCGCGUCGAAGAACCCCGGGCCCUUCUGCGGCUCGGGUCUGCACUGCGUGUUCUUUAACGGAAUCCCCGCUAAGAAACAGAGGAACGUGCAUGGCAUCGGACGAUGCGUACCCGAGGGUCGAACGUGCCCUGAAAAUGUGACGAGCAUCAAGUGCGUGAGCGACUGCAUGGGGAUGGACUAUGUGCAGGGCCCGGACUGCGAUUCCAUCAUGGAAAAAUGGGUGUGCUACGCUGACGUGUGUGACCAGUGUUGGCGCAAGAUGUUCUACAGUGACUACCACUGGCCCAUACAGGAGGCUAGCAUGUGCGAGCGCACGCAGGGACCGCCCUACCCCUGCCUCUCUGCCACCCAGUUGAAUGCCUCCUGCCCUGCUUGCCUUUCGUACAAGCUGCCCACUCGAACAUGCUUUGUUCCAGAUUCCUAUUGCCCUAACCGUGGUUGUGCCAAGUCUUACUGCCUCAAGGUUUACAGGAAGGGGUGGACAAUUUGUGGCAAGUGUGCUGCAGGCUAUAAGAAGGUGAAGGGGGGGCAAUGCAUGCCUAGUAGGGCAUAA